AUGUACAAUCUACGAAUUCUCAAAAUUUAUUGUGACAAUAUUGGUGACAAUAACUUCAAACUAUUAAUUCCUCAGAGCCUUGAUUCUUAUGAUCUUUCUAAUCAGCUAAGAUAUUUUCAGUGGGAUUUGUACACUUUGAAAUCAUUGCCAUCAAAACUUUCUCCUGAGAAUCUUGUUGAAUUGGUAUUACGAGGCAGUCAUGUUAAGAAACUUUGGAAUAAUAAAAUUCAGUCUCUUCCGAUACUAAGGAGGAUCGAUCUUAGUUAUUCCAGGUUUCUUACUGAGCUACCAGAUCUGUCUCAAGCUCCAAAUCUUGAAAGCAUAAAUCUCGAAGGUUGUACAAAUUUGGUUCAAGUUCUUUCACCUCUUCAGAAUCUUCAGAAGCUUACUUAUCUGAAUUUGAGUGGCUGCUCCAACCUUAGAGAUUUUAAAGAGAUAUCAAGGAGUACAGGGUACAUGGAUCUUGUAAAGAGUGGAGACAUUAAGAACCUUCUAAGCAACAUUUGUCAGCUGAAGUUCACAUCUCUCAAAGGUUUUAUGCAAAGUUUUACAAACAAUUUAACUCUCUACUCAUCUCAAGCCCACGUUUCUCAUAAAUUUCCGAAAAAUUUAACUAAUUUACAUUUGCGUGGGACAAGUAUAGAAGAAGUACCCUCGUCAAUUUGGUGUCUCUCGGGUCUUGCUCAAUUAGAUUUGGGUGAUUGCCAAAGACUUAAAAGUCUUCCAACCAGCAUCUGUGAGUUGAAAUCUCUUGAAUCGAUAGAUUUAUCUGGUUGUUUAGGACUAGAAAAAUUUCCGGAAAUUUUAGAGCCUAUGGAGAACUUGAAAAAAAUUUUCAUUAGCAGAGCAGGGCUGCUUAAAGGGUUACCAGAGACCAUUGAAAAUCUAAUUUCUCUCACAACAUUAUCUAUACAAUUGUGUGAGGGCAUUGAGAAUCUCCCAAACAAUCUGUGUAAUUUAAGGAAACUUCGGUUGAUGAACUUCGAUGGUUGUUCAAACCUGGAAAAACUGCCUCCCUUUCCACCUGCUUUGGAAGGCUUGGAUGUACAAUAUUGUAGGAGACUGAAAUCAUUACCAGAGCUUCCAUCAUCUUGUGUUAAUCUGGAUGCAAGCUACUGUACAUCAUUGGAUAAAAUAUCAAAUUGGAGGGCGCCAUUCCUAGGCCUACACCACUCAGAAAUGUCUACUUGGAAGAAAUCAUCACUAAGUAGUUGGUUUAGCUUUUAUGGUUGUCAAAAAUUGGAUCAUAAUACACGCAACAACAUAGCCAUUGAAUGUGCAGUAAUUAGAGUUCUGUCUGCUGCAGAUUUUAAAGAAGAUGAGGGCUACAUAUCUCUUAAGAUGUGUUAUCCAGGAGAUGAAAUUCCAAAGUGGUUCACCAAUCAAACUCCAGGAACUUCAAUGAAUAUUAUGCUUCCUCCAUACUGGAAUAAUGACAACUUCUUGGGUUUGGCUCUCUGCGUUGUUUUUGAUCGCAAGAAAUUUGAGCCUUUUUUAUAUGUUAACAUCGAAUGCAAACUCACUUUCAAAACCACCGAUGAUGAGCAUUCUCAUGAAUUUGAUGAUGGUUUGAGACUUAAUCACGGCAUCAUUAGUCCAGAUCACAUGUUCAUAUGGUCAGUAUCAAAAUCAUUUUUGCAAAAUUCGAAAUUGAUUGGACUAAGUUGGCCCUGUACUUGUAGCACUGAGGCAUCAAUUCAUUUCCAACGUACGUUCUUCGAUCUUGAAGAUUUUGGAGUUGACAACUGGGGAAGUGAACAUUGUGAGAUAAAGAAGUGUGGGAUAUGGUUGGUAUACAAGGAAGAUAUAGAGAGAUUUGAUGCAGAAACUAAAAGUAAGAGAAAGAGAAGCUUUGAUGAAUAUUGUGAAGCAAGUGGAAGCUGUGAAGUUGUUGACUCUCAUCAGGAUGAUGACGAUGAUCAAUCGCAUCAUAUGAUUAAUUCAAAGAAAUUCAAGUCGAUGUGA